UCGACCUCGACGAAUUUAUCAACCAAUACACCAUGGCCUCCGAACCAUGGGACAACGGGACCUUCGAAUGGAUGCCGCAGCCUGAGGAGAACCUCGACAUGUCUUGGGGAGAUAUCCCAUUUCCUGCAGUGAAACCAGACCUUUCUAUGUCAUCGUCGGGGACCUCCAAUUUCUACGUUCCAUUCGAGGAGUUCGAGCAGAUGUUCUACCCAUCUCCCGACUCUCAACCCCAACACCCAUCCUCCGAAUCCUCCUUUGCUGGCUCCCUCCUCUCCGAUCGUUCCUCACCGUCAACCUCAGAAACCAUCUCUGACCGCCCAACUUCGGAGACCCAGUCCCCCUCACCACCUUCCACGGGCCCGGCCUUCAAAUGCCGCUUCUGCGCCGACACAUUCGAAAAGAGACAUCUCUUAAACCGGCACGAGAAUAAACAUACCAAGCCCGUCCCAUGCCCCGUCUCAGGCUGCCCCCACCGCACAGCCAAACGCCGCGACAUGCAGCGCCACGUCGUAGUCCACCACUCUCACGAGGCGCCUGUCGCGGUCCCGAAGUUUCUGUGUCCGGUGGGCGGCUGUAAGUACGCCGAGGCGGGGUUCAAGAGGAAGGAUCAUUUGGUGAGGCAUUUGGAGAGGAAGCAUCCCUGAGUCCUUUCUCAAUUUUAAUUCACAUCUUGCUUGUUAGCGGGUUGGGUAAGGCGUUUCUGUGAUUUUGUAUUGACGUGAUAUAUAGACCGUAAAUAGGUCAUUGUGAAUAAAAGUAAAACCUUAA